CGUAAGAGAAAGAGGGGAAGUGUUUUUCUCUCCCUGACCCAGACCCUCCUCCGCCGCCAGUCCGUCCAUCUCAGCGCAUCGGCUGUGAGUUUAUGGGGAGAGUGGCCGCUCCCUGCAACGGCCCCGGCAGGAUCGUAUCCUUUCUCAACGCGGUUCCGUGUUUACCCUGUAAACAGCAGCGGCGGCGGCAUCAGUCUGCGGCAGUGGACCGGAGCAGGAGCAAGACGAUGAGCGAGCAGGGCAAGAGUGCCGCGUCCACAACAGCGAGCGGGACACCAUCCCCGGGCUCGGACACCUACAAAGGCUGGCUCUUUAAAUGGACUAACUAUAUCAAAGGUUACCAGCGCAGAUGGUUUGUGCUCAGCAAUGGACUGUUGUCAUAUUACAGGACGCAGGCGGAGAUGGCCCACACUUGUCGUGGCACCAUCAACCUGGCCAUGGCGCACAUCGACACAGAAGACGCCUGUAAUAUCGUUUUGAGCAGCGGGGGGCGCACUUACCAUCUGAAAGCCAGCACGGAGGUGGAGAGGCAAAGAUGGGUGACAGCACUGGAGCUGGCCAAAGCUAAAGCCAUCCGAAUGAUGAACGAUCAGUCUGACAAUGACCAUGCAGUCCCCCUGUCACACUGUUUUAACUCUGAUGACUCGGCGGAUGAGGAGCCGACCUCUCAGUCCGACCACAGUGAGAUCCAGGGUACUCUGAAGACACUGGCCAGUAAGUUGGAUGACCUUAGCACAUGUAAUGACCUAAUAGCCAAGCACGGAGCGGCGUUGCAGCGGUCUCUGAGUGAGCUUGAGGUCUUACGCGUCCCUCUGGAGGGAGGAGAGAAGAUCAAGGCAGUGAAUGAGAGAGCCACCCUCUUCCGCAUCACAUCCAAUGCUAUGAUCAAUGCGUGCCGAGAUUUCCUCAACCUGGCAGAGAUCCACAGCCGCAGAUGGCAGCGAGUACUUCAGCAUGAGCGAGAGCAGCGCACCCACCUGGAGGAGACCAUCGAGCAGCUAGCCAAGCAGCACAACAGCCUGGAACGAGCCUGGAGAGAGGCCCCCACACACGCCGUCAACACGCCCGAUAUACCCACCACCGACACAGGAGUGAGUGAAAGGCCCCGUAAAGAGGAAGCAAGUGACGAAGAUGAGGAUACUGAGUAUUUUGAUGCCAUGGAGGACUCACCUGCCUUUAUAACAGUGACUGCCACAGACCACUCUCAUCACAGGCAUUCUCAGAGUAACCUCUGCGGUGCUAGCGGAGGACACCCCAACGACUGGAACCAGGAGGACAAUUUCUUGGUGACUCACUCUUUGAGACAGACGGAGCCUCAGUCAGCUUGUUCAUUAAGCAGUAAUGAUUUUUCAGGGAAGGAGCUGCAGCCUCACAGGAGGAGGCGGACACACAUCCCUGAGAAACCCAACUAUUCGCUCAAUCUGUGGAGCAUAAUGAAGAAUUGCAUUGGCAAAGAGCUUUCUAAGAUCCCAAUGCCUGUGAACUUUAAUGAACCCCUGUCCAUGCUGCAGCGCUUGACGGAGGAUUUGGAGUACCAUGAGUUGCUGGAUAAGGCAGCGUGCUGUGAGAACUCUCUGGAGCAGAUGUGUCUGGUUGCAGCCUUCUCUGUAUCGUCCUAUUCCACCACAGUGCACCGGACGGCCAAGCCCUUCAACCCUCUCCUGGGAGAGACAUACGAACUGGACCGCCUAGAAGAAUUUGGCUACCGUUCCCUCUGUGAACAGGUCAGUCAUCAUCCGCCGGCUGCUGCUCAUCAUGUGAUAUCACAGCGAGGCUGGACCCUGUGGCAGGAAAUCACCAUCGCUAGCAAGUUCCGUGGCAAAUACCUCUCCAUUAUGCCUCUGGGUGCGAUCCACCUGCAGUUUCAUGCCAGUAGAAACCACUACGUGUGGCGUAAAGUCACAUCCACUGUACACAACAUCAUUGUGGGAAAACUGUGGAUUGAUCAGUCAGGAGAUAUUGAUAUAGUCAACCACAGGACCAAAGAGACCUGUCAGCUUAAGUUCUCUCCCUACAGUUACUUCUCAAGGGAAGUCCCACGAAAGGUGACAGGGAUGGUGAUGGACAGUGAUGGCCAGGCCCACUACAUCCUGUCAGGCACAUGGGAUGAGAAGAUGGAGAGCGCCAAGGUCGUGCAGAGCAGCAGAGGAAGCAGCAGCUCUGAGGGCAAACAGAAGACCGUCUACCAGACGCUCUCACCCAAACUACUGUGGAAGAAAUACCCGCUACCAGAGAAUGCUGAGAAUAUGUACUAUUUCUCCUCUCUGGCUCUGACACUGAACGAGGAAGAGGAAGGUGUGUGUUUGACAGACAGCAGGCUGAGGCCGGACCAGCGGCUUAUGGAAGCGGGACGCUGGGACGAAGCCAACUCAGAGAAACAGAGACUGGAGGAGAAGCAGAGAGCUACAAGGAGGAGGAGAGAGGCUGAAGCCUCAGAGGCCAUUGAUGAAGGGCGAGAAUUUGAGGGCUACAAGCCACUGUGGUUCCACCAGAGGACAGAUGAAAGGACUGGAGAGACUGUCUUUGUUUAUAAGGGGGGUUACUGGGAGGCCAAAGAAAGACAGGACUGGAGGAUGUGUCCUGAGAUCUUCUGAAUACACAAAACACUUGACUAACUAACAAAUAGGCAAAUAGUCCUUUACAUGGACUCAUCAAGGCCUUGCAGACUGCUGAGGAAGUGGAGACAGGUCGUGAAAACCUACUCUGUUGGGAACUCAUUGUGUGUGUGUGUGUGUGUGUGUGUGUGUGUGUGUUUGUGUGUGUCAGGGUGUGUUUGAAGCCCUAAUGACAUAUAUCUUUGACUGGUUCUUAAACAGACUUGCACAGGAAAAGAGGAGAGCGGGACAACCAAACUAAACAUGUUCUCUCUGAAGUUCACCUCAAAGACAAGUGUGUGUGCAGUUGAACUCUUCUAGCCAAGUGCCGCCCCAAUUAAUCUUCCAAAGCAAAUCAGGUUAUUUUUAUUCAGAACAACCCCUUUGCAAAAUGCACUUUCUUUACUCAGUCCUAUUUCUACUGAGAUCAUAUCAAAGCCGCUCUUGUCCGGGAAAACACAUGCACUCAAGACGCUGGAUGAGAGAAACAUAUGUGUGAAUUACCUGAUUGUUCAUCUUGAGGCUUGUGUACUUCCUUUAGUAAAUCUUCAUAUCAAAAAUACCAUAUUUGGGCAAAGGAAGUUCUUGACAUUUGCAAAUCCUAGAAAAUGAUGGCCUCAUGAUGGGACUCUUUCAUUGGACACCCAGCUAAACUCUUUCUCCCUGGCUCCCUUAGCUAAUGAUAGCUAAGAAUCAUCUUAUGUAUUCAGUUAGCCAAUAAAGUUCAAACCUUAUAAGUGUCUUUUAAUUGAAUAGUUGACUCAAAAUUUAAAAUUCUGUCAUUAUUUACUCACCUUCACUUUGCUUAAAACCUGUAUGACUUACUUUCUUUCAUGUAACACAAAUGGAGAUAUUUAGCAAAAUGUCCAAAUGCUCUUUUCCAUACUAUAAUAAUAGACAGUGACCAGUGGCUAUCAUGCUCCAAAAAGGACAUAAAACCAUCAUAAAAGUAGUCCAUACAACUUAUGAGUUAUUUUUCAAGUCUACUGCCAUAUGAUAGCUUUGUGUGAGAAACGUUUCUGUUGUGAAACGUUCCUUUCACAACAGCUCUCAAAUAUUUCACACUGACGAAUUGUGAUCGUUCAAAAGACUUAAGGAGUACUAAUGAUGUCAUUGAUGUCAAGCUUUAGAUGCUUAAGCACAAAUGAGAUUUGAGAGCUGCGGCGGUGGGGAAGAGUUUCAAGGACUUAGAGUUUGGUCUCCUUUUGACACAAAGUUAUCGCAUGGCUUCAGACUUGGAAUAUAGCUUAGAAGUCACAUGGACCAUAUUUGUGCUUGGACGUUCUGCAAAACAUUUUUUGUGUUCCACAGGAAAAAUGACGAUCACACAGGUUUUUAACAGCAUGAGGGUAAAAGGUAAGAAACUGAUGACAGGAUUACUAUACCUAUAAAAGAGCCCUUGCGUCUUUUGUAUUGGACAAGGCAGGUAUGCCUUCAUUUCUGACACCAAAAAUGUUUACAUUCCUGAACGUAAAUUUAAGUUGUGGUGCCCAUUAAUGAGCUGCUUCUUGCACUGACUUGGUGGAGCCACCCAGUGGUCAGCUUCCAUGUUACUGUGACUGCCACAGUAGGAUGCAUUUCAAAGCAAUUAAAAUAAUUUUUGGACAAUCAGGAUAAUGAAUGAAUGAAUGAAUGAUCAACCAAUAAAAGAAAACAAGUUACCCAUAUCACUCUCUCAGAAGACAUAGCAAACAAUCAUCCAUUCAGAAUACAAAGUAUGAUACAGAAAAUAGCUAUUUUUGUGUUAGGUUAUGAACCCAGGAGAAAUGCUUGUAUUUAUUAGCAGUAGAAAUAGUGGAUUAAAAGUGUUCCCAAUGAAGUGGAUGGCUGUCUAUCACAUUACAAGGUGUUGCUGUUAUAGAGAAGCACAUUGUAUAUACUCAUCGAGCUGAAUUGUUACAUUUCACUGGCCCAAUGGUAUACAGACAUAAAACCCCAGAUGAAUUAGAUGUAGAUUAUCAGAACAACAGCGGAAAAAAGAGACAUUUAAGUGGUUUUUGCUGUGGAGUUUGGUACUCUGUAGACCCAAUACAAACAUGUGUAUCUUCAGUUAUUAAUUCAGUAUUUCUUCCUAGUAUUAAAGGGAUAGUUCACACAAAAAUGAAAUUUGUCAUAAUUCACAUACUAUGUCAAUAUUUACUUUCAUUGCUCCUUUUUUAUGUAAUGAAUGUGAACUGCCUAACAUCUCCUUUUGUGUUCCAUGGAACAAAAAGUCACUUGGUUUUGGAACAACAUGAGGGUGAGUACAUGAUGGCAGAAUUGUCAUGUUUGGGUGAACUAGCCCUUUAAGACCUGUGGAUAAAUUGGAUUCAUAGCAGACUUCUCUGGAGAGCAGACCUCACUCUAUUUCUGAUUGCUGUUAAAAAUGUAGAAUUAGGCUUGAGAUGUUUUUUGCUCUCUUAAUUAGCCAUAUCCUAAUUGUUAUUUUGAAGGAAACGAUAAAAAAGUAAUGAUGCCAUGCCAUCCUAAUAAAUGCUGUGUUUUGGUCAGAAUCUGGAUUUUAAUCUAAAUAUUUACUUGUAAAUCUGUCUUCAAAUCUAAAAUGAUCCAGCUAGUCAAGUUCAUUUUUGACAUGCUGUCAAUGUUUGAUUUGAAAUGUUAAUAUUUUGUAUUAAAACACUGACACAUAUUGGCAGGCACUUUUUUAUAUCACUUAUUGUUAUGAACUUAGUUGAUUUCAGAGUGUUUUAACACUCUGGAAUGAAAUGUUUCUUGUAAGCUGAUUUAUUUACACUUUUAAAAUGAAAGAAUAAGACUGGAGUUACAUUUCAGUGUUUGAAGAGUAAUGAACCGACAAGUGCAUGUUAGCCGAGAUAAGACAUCAGUUGUGUUUUUCUAACAGCAAGGCAAUUUUCUGACCUCUGAACACACAUAGACAGACAGCACGUUUCAGACUCAGCAAUGUUAACUUACCAGUACAGUACAGUACAAAAGGAGACAUUAUCCUCAGUUUAGUUUUUCCCAAUUAAACUCAGCACAUAUUUGCUAAGAUUAGUUUGAAGUGGCUGACUGUUCAUUCUAGGUAUUUAAACUGGUCUAGCUCAGCAGUAAAUGCUGUUAAUAUUAGUACUGUUACCAUUCCCACCAAACAAUCCGAGAUCCUCCGAUUCUCUCUCAAAUUCACCAUCUCACCU